AUGGCUUCAGUCGAGACCCCCCAGCCCAGAGAGAACCGUGGCCCCGUCGAGGAACUCAUCUACAAGCGCACAAAAGCUUUGGGCAAAAAGAUCCAACGAUUCAAGGCGUAUGCAUCCCAAAAGCCAGAGUCAUUGAAUGAAGACCAGAAGGCAGGUCUGGCAAGCUUGCCACUGCUUGAGGGCAUCUACAGAGAGCUCGAGGAUAUCUCCAAGCAGGUCGAGUAUGUCGAGCUGGAGCAGGCUGGAAAAGUGAGGGAGAUGAAGGAGCAGUCCAAGAAGGACGCCGAGGCUCAUGGCUUGACAAAGAUCGAAGAGUUCCAAACAUCUCUCUCGACACCCCUUUCUCUCUUUAUUCGACUUCACUCUCUUCUUCACCCUGCUAGACCAUCGGAUCACGAUCACCUUACAUUCGGUCGUCUCCGACUGCCGAGUAACAUGAAGGAGGCUGUUCAAGCGACCGAUGUCUUGAGGGUUGGGCGGUGGUACGACGACCUGAGGGCCGGUGGUGAUAGAGGCAAGGUCGUCAUCGGCAUCCUUGUCAAGGGUCCUCAAGGGACGAACGAGGAGGACGACAGGGUCCACCAUCUGCUUAAACUCCUUGAAGAGUCUGAUUCUCUCCCCGAAGAGGCCGAGGAGGAAGAACGACAGGCCGAAGAAGCCGUUGCUCCUACGUCUCAAAAUGCUUCUCGAAGCCUUACCUUCAACUUUUUGCAAGACGAUGAACUCGUCGCUCCCGCCGGUACCCAGCCGACUGUGUCCGAACCUCCCGCUCCCACACCUGCCCCCCAAACGACUCAACCUCCUGCCCCCUCAGCUGUCGCCUCAUUUGAUUGGGCCGCUGAAGAUGACGAGACCAGUCCCGCUACUGCCCCUGCCCCCGUCUCAAGCGCAUCCCAAGCUUCUCAGCCUACCCAACCAGAGGCAAAGACUUCUAAUGAUGCGGACGCCGAUCAGAUCAUUGAAGAGAAUGUCGCUGCCAACUCCCAUGUGUUGUCCGGAUUGGCAGGGACGGACGCCAAGCAGGCGCCUCCUACUGUUGGUGGCCAAGCUGCUGCGCCUGGACCUGUAAAGACUGUUCCUUCCGGACCAAAGAAAGGAAGAGGACGAGGCAGGGGUGGCCAGGGACAGCCCAAGAGUCAGCCUCAACAAGAGCAAUCACCCGCUCAGUCUUCAGCGCAGGGAGGUGAAAAUGGGCUCGCUGCCGACGGCAAACAAGAGCAGACGCCGACGCCAAAUGGUCAGGCUGGAAGGGGUGGAAGGGGUAGAGGAAGAUGGGGUCGUGGCCGAGGUGGAGGUCGUGGCGGUAAGGCUUCUUCCGGCUCUACUACCCCUGUCGAGGGUAAGCCUGCUCCUCAAGGGCAGCAGCAACCAAAGGCCCCCAAGCCCUCCAAACCCGCUGCACAACAGCAACAGCAAGCCGAACCUACCACAGCUUAG